GUUGCAAUGAUAUGAAGAGAGUGUAAAAAACGUUAAACACUUGUUAAUUGGCAAAGAUUUGCGAGCGAGUUACUAAUUUUUAGUUGGAUAUGAUUAAAAACUCGUUGUCAGCAAUUGGACUUCCCUUGCUGACGAUGCGUUUCAGCGAAAGCAAUAUCGUUCAAUCGUUCAAUCGAUCCAAGCCAUAUCAUAUCCGUUUCUAUCGUCAUUUUCAUUAUGAUCAGUUCGGAAAAGACCCGCUUUAUUCUUCGAAUUAGUGUGUUUUAUCUUCUUUUAAUUGAUGUUUCAUACUCCUGGAAUUUAACGUCGUUAAUCAUUUCGGACGAUGUUUUAAUAUGGAGAUUCGCCGUGUGGAGAAGUCGCGCUUUUCUGGCCAUUCCCAGAUCGGCAAAUGAAAUGGAAGAAGAAUGGAAGCCAACUCUGGUAGAAGUUUCUUGGCCUGAAAUUAAUUUGCCAUUAAAUGUUGCAAACGCAGCAAUCUCCCCAAAGGUUUUCCCUAAGGACGGAUCGUCAAAGCGCGAUUAUGAAACUCUUGUAUCCGUAACUGGAUUAGACGUAGACGCUCGAGGACGAUUAUGGGUUCUGGACGCACCCGAUAGACAUGAUCGUUGGCCUCGACUCGUCAUUUACGACUUGAAACGAAACGACCGAUUGGUGUCAUCCGCUGAGCUGACUAAAGUGUCUUCAAAGCAACUGAGAUCUCUUGUGAUUGAUCCGUUUGAAGAUCAAUGGGGAUUUCGUGGCUAUAUCGGGGAUGCCGGUGACGAAACGAUCGUUGUUUAUAGUUCGGGAUUACGCAAGUGGUGGAAAUUGAGAAUGUUACACGGAUCCGAAAUUCCACGCGUACAAUCCACCGACCUUGCUGUUUCUUCGAGGAAUUCGAUCUUGUACAUGACAGGACAUAAUUCGCAUGAUCUGUUUGGCAUCAAUCUGAAGAGAAUUAGUACGGAUAAACUAUUACGGACAGCGUCAUCACCGCGCGAAGUACAAAAUGUAACAGUGACUUGGCUUGGGAAGAAAUUAGGCUCUUCCGUAGGGCUGUUCGGCGAUUUAAAAGACGGUCUGCACUAUUUUAUGACUUCAGAGAGAGCCAGCGUGCGAUGGGACACUAAGCUUCCUUUGAACGCGCAGAGUCAUUCGGUCCUGGUACAAAACGAUGACGUCCCGUGCAUAACCGAUUACAUAAUGGAUGCGCGAAGAAACGUAUGGGGCCUAGUGAAUUCGAAAUGUCCCGGUGCAACGAAGAAAAAUACUUCGAGCAAUUCGAAACUUAAAUCUAGAACGAUUAAAAUACCAAAGUACUCUUUCGUAUUGUAGUGCGAAAUAGUAUUAAUUUUAAUAAAACACUCGAAAAUUCCUCAAAGAAUUAUGUCUUCAUUUUUUAGUCGAUCUUAAUUUUCUCGUGUGAAUAUCAUUAUUUAUUACAACUUAUUACAUUUCAAUCAAUAUUUAAAUUAAAAAAUUCUACUAAAGUUUGAAAUUAAUUGAAGAAUUUAAUUUCAUUGUCUAGUCUCAUUUUGUGGUUUAACUUAUUGUUAGUUUGAUUACAAAUCAGCAAUAAAGAAUGAAUUCAGCUAAUAAAAAGAAAAACAUCCUACGGUUUUAAGACGUCAAAAAUGAAACUAGCUCUACGUAUCUCUACGUAUACAUGGGUUACAUAAGUUAGAACAUGUCUCCGUAUAUAUACGUUUACAUAAGCUUGGCGUUUAUUAGCCGUUUGGUCACACUUACAUAAUAAUUACAGAUAUUAUGAUCAAUUAUACAUAUUUCGUCAAUAAAUCACUUUUUUCGAUUGUUGAGCAGUUGAAUAAUUGUAAGAUUUUAAAAUUUGCCUUGAAAACCGGCAGUUACGUGCCGGCAAUAUCGAUUUAAACAUCGAUAGAAAUUUUCUACACUGGUCAACUCGUCCAAAUAUGCAAUCUUAGAGUAUAAUAGGUGAAUUCUCUGUGUCAGUCACAAUAACAUUAAUUGUGGCAAAAGUAAUCAUUGUCAAUUAUCAAUUCUAAUUAUC